AAUACUGUUAAAUAUUUCAGUAUUUUGGAUGAAGAAAAAAUAGAUGAUUAUUCAGCCGUUAAAAAAAAUCUCAAUUUAAUGGUCAUUAUUUUUUUUAAUGACAAGGCUUUUAACUUUAGGAACGUGGGGGAAGCGAUAUCUGUCCAUAGAUCGUAAAGAUGAUUUUCUGAAACCUCUGAAAAUGUUGCCGACUUUCCUUCAGGAAUGAUAAUAAAAGAUUAUAUACAUAAAUACGGAUUUUUAAAAGAUGUAUAUUGUACAUUGUUGUGUGAGUGUAUUGUUGAGACAUUCAUAUGCUGAUUUUGGAAGUUACUGUGGCUUGGUUGCUGUGAAACAAGAUCUCUCUAAGUGACUUUUUCCUCUCUUUUUUUCGAGUGGCAUUGUGUUAUAUAAAAUAAUUUGUGUCAUAUCUGAUGUGAUUUGAAGGGAUAAAGGGAGUCUUUUUUUUGUUGCUUAACGUAUAAAUUGUUGGACUACUUCGGAAAUACCCAUGUAUCAGUUUGGAUACCCCGAGGAUAAAAUGUUGAGGUGCCUGCCAGAGGAGGCCAUCUCUGCCAUUGCCUACAACCACCCUCACUCUAACGGUAAUGGGUUCAAGAUCAACAACUUGCACUUGCGGGGCCUCGGCUCCCAGCUCGGCCCGCAGCAGACAAGUAUUUCACAGACUCAAGCCCAGAGUUCCCCACCAAACAGUAUGUACUGUAGCCAGCAACAACAGAGGCAACCAAACAUAAACACAAGUUUACCAUAUAUGGACAAUCAUCCUAUGUUGCACACGACAUUACCAGACAGCCCUCCGGACUCAGAACCGUACUCCCCUCCAGACGGGCAUCCACACACAAACGGACAGACAAAUCACCAUGGACACACUAACAACCACACUCACACAAACAAUCACCAUAAUACUCAUCAAGAAAACUCGAAGUACACAGUGACAUCAACACCGUCAACCAUGUAUCACGCUCACCACAGACCUCCGGGGAUGACGCAGCCAAAGACCCUCGUCACAAUGCCCGGGUACCAUGAGCCCCCAUUGCUCAACCAUCUACCCCCCACCUCACAUCAGCCCCAGCUUCCUCCUGUAAGCAUGCCCCUGAAUGUACCCCCACAAUCAGGCAUGAACCCUCAAAUACUCACUCCAGGAAAUCUCAGCCCACAAAGCAAAAAGCGUAAGCACAUGGACUCACCCAAUCCGGGUAUGAUGUUUAGUAGAAAUGGACUCAUCCCAAAUAUCAAACAGGAACCUAAUGGUAAGUCAUUAGCAUACUCAAACUCGAGUUACCUGCCCGAUUGUGAUGAUGACGGUUAUAGUAACUAUGACCCAGAUUCCAGUAACGGGUAUGACAAUGGUGUUUAUCAAGUGAUCAAAUGGCAGAAAUACGAUGACAAUAGAUGGGCAACACUAACUGAUGCAAAUUUGAAAGACUUACCUGCACCACAGUUCAGAGUAGAUGCAGACAAAGGCUUUAAUUUUUCUGUGUCCGAUGACUCGUUUGUCUGUCAGAAAAAGAAUCAUUUCCAAAUUACAUGUCACAUUGGCAUCACAGGUGACCCGAAAUAUGUGCGCACACAUGAGGGCGUGAAGAAAAUAGACCAUUACUGCCUGCACUUUAAUGGAAUAAAGUUGGAGUCCCCGAGUCAAACUAUCAAAAUAGAGCAGUCCCAGUCAGAUAGAAGCAAAAAACCUUUUAAACCAGUCAGAGUAGAUGUGUUACCAGACAACGUGUCAAAAUUGACAGUUGGACGCCUACACUUUAGUGAAACAACUUCAAAUAAUAUGAGAAAGAAAGGGCGACCGAAUCCAGACCAGCGAUAUUUCCAGUUGGUUGUAGCCCUGCAUGCACAUUCAGGGGACAAUAGUUACUUGGUAGCUGGAAGUGUGUCUGCAAAAAUAAUAGUGAGGGUUGUGUUCUCAAUAUCAUUUCAGGCAUCAAACCCAGGUCAGUUUGACAGUGAUAUGGAGGCUACUCACUGGACCAAGGGCUCAACCCCAGACUCUGUUUAUCAUAUAGGGCGUGUAGGGGUGAACACGGACCAUCCAGAUGAAGCUUUAACUGUGCAUGGCAAUAUUAAAUUAUCUGGACAAAUUCUACACACUUCAGAUGUUAGGGCAAAACAAGAUUUUGAAGAGGUUGAUUCCAAAGAACAGCUUAAAAAAGUCUCGGGUAUUAGGAUCUACAAUUACCAAUACAGCGAGGAUUAUGCAGAUCACGUUGGUAUGCCAGAGGAUAAGCGGAAUGAUACGGGUGUUAUCGCACAAGAGAUACAGGAAGUACUGCCAGAUGCAGUUAUAGACACUGGGGAUGUUCAAUUUGAAAAUGGCAAUGAGAUUAAAAAUCUACUGGUUGUAAAUAAGGAUCGUAUAUUUAUGGAGAAUGUUGGUGCUGUGAAAGAAUUGUGUAAACUAACAGAUAAUCUUGAAGUUCGAAUUGAUGAACUCGAGAAAAUGAACACCAAAUUGUCAAAGUUGAAGAGAUUUGACAGUCUUAAAUCUACAGUCAGCUCAAAGUCCAGUUGUAGUAACAGUACUGUGAAUAGUUCAGUGCCACCAAAGAAGCCACACAAAACUCAUCGGCCAAAGAUAACACCACCUCCACAACCAGCUCCUGCUCAAACUUCCACCUGGUGUAGCAAUCGUUUCAUACAAAUCACCAUUAUCAUUCUCAUUUGCAUUAUGGCUUUCUGUCUCAUUGCAAUAACAAUAUUAUAUAUACUGGAACGGCAGAAGGAUAACUCCGGUGAUACCUUUCAUACAACAAAUCAUAUAUAUCCAGACAGAAAAAGGCCAUUGUCUCAUACUGUAUCAAGCAGUGGGACAAAUAGUACAGGGCAUAAAGGGAGUUCACCCCAGCAUGUACGUCCUACUAACCCCACCAGUACGAGGUUCAAUCCUCCGGAGGACAAUACAACACCAGUAUCAGGACCAGCGGAUAUUCUUCAAGCCCCGUGUGGGCCGCCAGACUGUGAAGAACAGUGCUGUGGACCCCAGAGUGACCAGGGUGUUGACACAAGUGGAUAUUCCCAGUUCCUGGAAGACAUAGGACAGAGGAUUCUACAGUCAACAAACGCCCCAUACACCAUCAUCAACAAUAACAGUGGACAAGGGCAGGGAGAUGCUCCCACAACAUCAGCAUCAGACAAAAUUCAGGUUGUAAUCAACCAAAAUGGUCAGUUCAUGGGAACUGGGAUGGGUAAAAAUGACCAGUCAAACAGUAUACCAGGAGGUCCUUAUUACAGGCGUCGCCGGAGAAAUACACAGCCAGAUCCAAAUGCAGCCUUCCUGGCCCAGAUAUCGAUUCCGGAGUUGAAUUUUACAUUGACUGAACAAUACAAAGAUGUGGAGUUCUCCAUGCAAAACAACUUUACCUACAACAUUUUAUACAGCAAAUAUUUUGAUAUGAGGAUGUACACAUUGAAGUUUGGGGUGGCAGAUAAUCUGAAUAUUCACAUGUGUCACCACGGUGUUACUAGACUUUGUGAUACAAACCUAGAUACAGAGGUAGAUUUGCCUGAUGUUGCUGUGGAGUGGAAGAUUCCAAUUGGUCGAUACCACUCUAGUUUCCUAAGGUUUAGAGUAACAACACAGGAUAAUACAAAUGUAUGUGUGCAGCCAGGUGAAGAAUCAGUUGGUAUUUAUGUAGAAUAUAACAUCCUUUUCGCAAGAAGUUGCAGCUAAACAUUGGAAAAAAUCCUGCUGUUUGCAAAAUACAUCCAGGAUUUGUACAGUUUGAAGUAGUUAUACGGUGACAUAUGAAUGUAAAUGUCGGAUAUAACCUGGUCUUGGCAAGAAAAUGAACCUACAUAGGACUUUGGGAGUUUAUACAACUACAACAUAGAAUGGCCGCAUAUCCGUGUAUACGUCUGAAAAUAAUCUGGUCUUCAAAGAAGUGAUUUAGCCAGGAAGACUUCUAAAAAUGCAUGAGUUGGAACAGAGAUGUAUGAAGCUUUUCCACUGCAAAAUACAGUAUAUGAAAUUGCUGUGGAAGGGGAAUUAUUGUUUUUAAGUCUGAAAUUUGAACAUAUUAUUUAUACUCAAAGUGAAGUCUUCUUAACAUUAUUGUGAGAAAUUUUUUACUAGAAAUUAAGUGUUUGUAAUACAGUUUUGAAAAUUAUCAAAAAAUGAUGUGUAAAUAUGAAAUAAUUUAAAGGAAAGUGUAUAGCUGUUUAUAGGAUAUUCUGUAUUACAACCCCACAAAAGUUACCCCCGGCCUAUGAAAUUUGGUUGCUUUACAGUCCAACAAAUUGAUCUCAAUGCAAUAUUGACAACAGUUCUGCCAUACUUCAGAAUCCAGAUCAUUUUACCAGUACUUGUGUUACUUUUUAACCUUUACUCCACUUAAUUUCUAAAAUGGACUUUUUCAUCACUCAAUCUGGACAGUACCACUUAUUAUUCAGAGGGGUGUACACUGAAAAUUUACUGACUGAAUAGCAAACAGUGCAGACAAUGCUCAGCCUACAAUGCAAAAUGACUUGCCGCCAGCAGGCUGAAGGUUAAACAGGUCCAGACUUUGUUACUUGAAUUUAUACCUAUAAACAAAGCUGUAUUUCUGCAAAGCUGUAUUUCUGUUACAGCAACAAACACCAUAUUUUUUAUGAAAAGCAAUUUUCAUUUGUGCUGCAAACUUCAGAUAUAUGUAAUUUGAAUAAAAUAGAUCUUAUUGAAUGAAUUUAUAUGUACCCUGUAUAUAUAGACCAUGCUUAGGUGAUUUUUCUUUAAAGGUGGCCUUUAUUCAUAAGUAAAAAUUAACUGAAAUAUUUAAAUUAAUAGUAAAAUAAGAAAUGAAAUUGCAAGUCUUAGAAGCUCUGAUUGUGGUCUUUGUUCACAUUGAGCCCUGCUCACAGGUGAUCUUUGUUCACAGUUGAGCCCUGUUCACAGGUGAGCUCUGUUCACAGUUGAGCCCUGUUCACAGAUGAUCUUUGUUAACAGGUGAGCCCUGUUCACAGGUGAUCUUUGUUCACAGGUGAGCCCUGCUCACAGGUGAUCUUUGUUCACAGGUGAGCCCUGUUCACAGGUGAUCUUUGUUCACAGGUGAGCCCUGCUCACAGGUGAUCUUUGUUCACAGGUUGUCUUUGUUCACAGGUGAGCCCUGUUCACAGGUGAUCCUUGUUCACAGGUUGUCUUUGUUCACAGUUGAGCCCUGUUCACAGGUGAUCCUUGUUCACAGUUGAGCCCUGUUCACAGGUGAUCUUUGUUCACAGAUGAGCCCUGUUCGCAGGUCAUCUUUGUUCACAGGUGAGCCCAGGUGAUCUUUGUUCACAGGUGAGCCCUGUUCACAGGUGAUCUUUGUUCAUGGCUUUGAUGGUAUAUAUAUGUACUAAUCAUUUAAUACAAUUCCUAUUUUGUUUUUCACUUUUGUACAUUUAGUCAGUUUUUAUCAUAUUUUUACUUGAUAUUGUUAAAUUUAUAAGAUUACAUUCCAUGUUUUGUAUAAUGUUUAACAGUCACCAUUUUUACCAUUGUUUACCAUUGUUACUUUAUGUACUGUUGUGUCUUUUAUAUGUUUUAAUCAUAAUGCAUUUGAAACAGAAAUGUUCUGUGUUAGCAUAUACUCAACAAUUAAAAAAUCAGCGAUGCUUGAAAAAGGACUUUAAAAAGAGGUCUGUUUAUUUUGGUGCCUUAUUCCACAUUAUAGAUUAUAAGAUGGUAGUAUUGUUAUUUUCACUAUUAUAAAUAAAGUGUAAUCUAGAGUGAACACCUGUAGGAAGAGAAAAAUGUGUUUGUUGUAAAGAUUGCUGUUCUAAAAAAAAAAUUUACUAAGCAUUUUGUGAAAAAGGAAAGAAAAAAUCCAUUUUUUUCUGCAGAAGUGUCAUAUACAGUGUAUAUACUGUAUUAAACAGUGCUUGAUUCAGCUCAUUAAAAUAAGUGCUUUUAAUUUUGUGUUUUCACAAUCUCAUUCUUUUCAUAUGUCCAUAUUGCAUCAUGUUAUAUAAUAUUAUGGUUCUUUUUUAUUUUUAGAUAAGCAAUAAUAUUAUACAUUAUAAUCAAAAUAUUUUCUACUCAGUAUCUAACUAUUGCUAUAAUAGCCUUGAAAUUAAUUCAUGUAUUGUAAAUUGUACAUAGCAUUCAUUAUCUCCCUUUAGAAGCAUUUUUAGCAUGUUUUCACAAAAAGUUCGAACUUUGCUGAUUUUCUAGAAUGUUUUAUUUGAGCACUAUAUUGCAAAAAACGCUUUUCAGUGUUUCCCACCCAACUAGAGGUGUACUGGUCAGGAACCCAGGCAAUCCUUGUGUGUAUCAGUGCUAUACACUGGGCACGUUAAAGAACUAGGCUGUCUAUUCGCAACGAGCUAGGCUAAGUUAGCCGGACAAGCCUGUAUCUGAUUUCUGAUCUCUCUGUCGUGGGAGCUUUGUCUCACUCUGUCCCUCUGGUCAGAUCGCUCUGUGUCUGUACUAGUAGAGGAUGAAUUAUGCGCCCUGUGUGGCUGCAUUUGAACUAUGUAAAACGCCUUUGAACGUGAAAUUGAUCAUGAAAAGGGCGCUAUAUAAAUCUGGUAUAAUAAUAAUAAUUAUCAAAUAUUAGGGACCAUUUAUACGGACUGCAAUUUCUAACAUAUUGCUGUUUCCAGAGAACAGAAUGUAUAUAUGCUUUGAUAACGUCAUGUGCAUAAUUGACUGAAUAGUGCAAUAUAUCAUUUAUAAUUAUGCAUAUUUCAUAUAAUUCUCAUAUUUGCAUUUAAUAUCCUACAGCAUUGUUUUAGUCAAUUAAAUUACAGAUAUUUCACUGUAGAUAACAAAAUUAUUUAAUACUUCUGAAUUAGAACAGUAGAACAAGUUUUCAUGAUUUAUACUUCUGCUCAAUGACUCCUUCACAAUGCUUCAGACCAGACCAGCAUUUUCAAGUAUGUCAAGUAGAAGACUUUGAUAUUAAACCCUCAGGUAACUUACAACUUAGAGGCUAGAUCACUCCCUUUUAAAUCACUCAACAUCCAAAUAAUUGUAUAGAUAUGAUUAACAUUCACUGAAUGCAAGAAAAUGUAGGUCUACUUUUAUAAUAGUUAAAUGUGGAGAAUUUUAGUAUUAAUGAAAAUAGAAUUUAUGUAAAAUGGAUGCAUCUUUCAACUUUUGUUGUAGUUCAUGUACAUUCAUUCAUAUUCAUUCAGUCUUCAUAUGUCAAAUUAACUCAAUGUAAACAGCACAGUUAUUUUUAAUAUGUUCAUGUGUGUUUUUGCUGUUUUCUUGUACUUACUGCAACUUCAUAUUUAUAUAUUUUGUUAUUGUGAUUUCUUUGGUUUGUAAUUGUCAAUAUAAGGUUGUUAAUGUCUUCAUUUAAAUGAUGAAAUUAUAAUACAACUAAGGCUGUUGAAUAUUUUGUUUAAAGCAAACUUUGUGAUUGUGUAUUUUCUGUCCCUUCAGGACCAGAGGUUAUAAAACUGAGUUUUGCAGACCAUUUGAGUUUUGAGAGUAUUCUCACCAUUUGGAAGAUCUCAUAUUUGAGUUUAGAGAGUAUUCUCACCAUUUGGAAAGUCUCAUAUUUGAGUUUAGAGAGUAUUCUCACCAUUUGGAAAGUCUCAUAUUUGUGUUUAGAGAGUAUUCUCACCAUUGGGAAGAUCCCAUUUGGAGUACGUAUUCUUAUAUUACCAAUGGGAAGAUUCCAUUUGGGUUUGGAGAGUAUUCUUACCAUUGGGAAGAUCCCAUUUUGAGUUUGGAGAGUAUUCUCACCAUUGGGAAGAUCCCAUUUGGAGUAUUCUUAUAUUACCAAUGGGAAGAUUCCAUUUGAGUUUGGAGAGUAUUCUCACCAUUGGGAAGAUCCCAUUUUGAGACUGGUAUCCAGACUGAGUUUUAUAAACAAGGAGCCUGGUUUCUACCUAUUAGGUAAUUUAUACUGUUAGAAUAGUGUACAUGUUUGAUAAACACUCUAUGUAUUAAUAAUGAAAAUGAAUAAAAUAAAGUGAGCUAUUUUACAAAA